AUGAGCGGCACUGUGCACACUCUCCUUCAGUGCCCACAGCCAGGGGCUUCCUCUGCCAUAGAUGGGGACUUUCCAGUAGACGAAAAUGUCACAGCCCAUCUCCCCGAAGGCGCCAGGGUUCUUUCCGCCCAUAGAUACGGGUCUUCCGCUUGGACCAUCACAGCUCGUAUCACUACCGAGUUGGCCGAUGGUUCGGUCAAGAAGUUUUUCCUGAAAUGCGCAACAGAAGAUGCUGGACACGCAAUGAUGGAAGGCGAAUAUUGGGCGAUGAUGGAGCUCUACAAAACCAUACCGGCGGGGAUUCCGAAGCCGCUUGCGCGAGGGAAGUUCCAGACCGAGAUUCCAGCAACUUAUUUCUUUCUCUGCGAGUUCGCGGAAAUGAGCAACCAAGUCCCGGAUCCCGACCGUCUCUGCGCCCUUAUAACUGAGCUGCACAGGAAAAGCGUAUCUCCCACUGGGAAAUUCGGAUUCCAUGUAAGAACCUGUAAUGGCCGAACGCCGCAGGCUACAGAAUGGGACAGUAGCUGGACCUCAUUCUUUUCAAAGUUUAUGAUACACGUCAUGGCCGAAGACUUCAAGACCAACGGAUCGUGGCCAGAGCUCGAGAGGACCGGUGCGAGAAUAGUCUCUCAGGUCAUACCCAGAUUGGUCGGAGUUUUGGAAACAGAAGGUCGAAGCGUCAAGCCGUGUUUGAUUCAUGCGGAUCUCUGGGAAGGAAAUACCGGCACCUCAUAUGAGACAGGGGACAUCAUCCUAUUCGAUGCCGGGUCUUACUAUGCCCACAACGAGAUGGAAAUAGCGGACUGGCGUUGUCCAUACAAUAAGGUGAACUCGAAGAUCUAUACUAAGACGUAUCUGAGAAAUUAUGGCAUGAGCGAACCCGCAGAGGAAUGGGACGAUCGCAAUCGUUUGUAUUCUACAUAUUAUGAUGUUGUCUACUCAGUCAACCACAUGCUUCAAGGGAGGAGUGUUCGGCAGAUGUGA